AUGAAUAAAAGCACAAAGAAAUUAAAGCGAACUCAUUCAAAAAGCGAUGCAAAACAAUCACCAUCAAAACGACAAUUUCGUAAUGAAAAUGAAAAACGUCGUCGUGAUCUCUUUAGUAAAUUAAUAACAAAUUUAGAAGAUUUACUUUCUAUAAAACAAAUCUGCCCAACGAAUGAUCAAAAUAAUAAAUUCGAUAAAGCUUCAAUCUUACGUCAAACUGUUCAAUAUUUACAAAAACAUCGGCAUCAUUUAACAAAUGAUGAAAAAGUUGAAGUAUCAAAUAAAAAAUCAACUGCAUCAAAAAGAAAUCAUGUUUUAGAUUUUUCAUGGAAACCAUCAUCUGAUAUAGUUAAUAUUGAAGAAUGGUUACAAAUUGCUAUUGAAUCUUUGAAUUGUUUUCUCCUAGUCGUUAAAUCUAAUCCAUAUAAUACUGAAAUAGUAUAUGUGUCGAAAAAUAUUAGUUCAUAUCUUGGUUAUUCUCAGCAUGAAAUUUUAAAUCAAUCAUUAUUUAAAUUUAUUUUUCCAUCUUAUCACGAUCGAUUACGUGAUUAUCUUAUAAAUGAUCAUAGAGUAUUAGAAAGUUGCGAUGUAUCUUGGAAAAGAGCUUUUAGCGAUGAUUAUGAACAAUGUACAAUCAUCGGUGCAUUUCGAAAUAUUAAUGAAAAUGAAAAAUAUUUGAUGUCAAUUGUUAAAUUAAAUACGUUAGAUCGAACAUUAAUUAUCAAUAAUGAGAGUUCAUCGGAAGAAUUCGUUACUCAUUUAAAUAUUUAUGGAAAAUUUAUUUUCAUUGAUGCAAAAGCCCGACAAUAUCUUGGUUAUAGUUCAUUUGAAUUAAUUGGUCGAACAUUUUUUGAUUUUGUUCAUCCCGAUGAUUUAUCAAUUAUUGUUCGAGCACAUCAGUUAUGGAAAGAAAAUGGAAAUGGGAAAAGUGACCCAUAUCGAUUUUUAAGCAAAGGUCAACAAUGGCUUUUUCUUCAAACACAUUCUCAGGUACAAAUUAAUUCUUGGAAUGGAAAACCCGAAAGUUAUAUUUGCACAACAAAUAUUAUUCAAUCUUCAAACGAUUCGUUACAGAAUCAAUUAUCAUUUAUAUCAACGGAUGCUCUAUCAAACAAUUCAAAUAUUGAAUCUGUAUCUGUUCCGUCGACCACAGCAACAACAACGGUUACUUCACCAACAGAAAAUCCACCAGAAAAGAAUUCAUCAUCAGAAAGUGAAAUAACGUCAUUUUUAUCUCAUCUUGGAAGCGGAAUUUAUCGAAAAAAUAUUCGAGAAAAAUUAAUUGAACGUCGAAAGAGUAAAGAAGCUGAAAUACGUGUUCGUCAAGAAGAAAUUCAAGUUAUCGACGAUAUGCUUGAAUUUAUCAAUCAGUAUCAAAUAAAACAUCCGUCAACUAAUCAAGUAAUAUAUCAACAAACGAAAAAUCUGGUCAGAGAAGAAUUUCCUUUAAAUGUAUUUGAUACCAAUAGUGAUUCAACAUUAAUUCAUCAUCCGUUAUCUGAUGCGAUUGAACAUUUUACUCUUCCAGCACAUGCUAAAGAUGAUGUAAUAAUUGAUCCACUAUCAUCAUUAUUUUCUCCCUUAUCAACAACUUUUAAUAUUCCAUCUCCAAUAGUACAAUUAUCAAAUCCAUCAUCAAACAAUGAUUCAGUAGACGAUAUUACUUGUUUAACACCUAUGAAAAAUUCAUCAAAAGACAGACCAUAUUCACCAAAUUCAUUUCCUUCAUAA